UUCGCAAUUUCCUUCCGGAUCCUGAGCUGCGUGACUGAGGUUUAAUGGCAAGACGAAGAAAGGUCAUUAAUAGAGACUAGAUUGAGGGAUAAAGAUAAUGAUAGAGGCUGAGGAGAAACAGAGAGGGGAAGAGAGACAGUAAAAAGAGAAACAGUGAAUUCAGACUUGGGAGGGUGGGGUAGAGAGAGAGAGAGACUGUCAGUCAGACAGCCGUGGAUUCACAGGAGUGGGAUCAAGCCAGUAAUAGGUGGGUUCAGACAGAGAGUCAGGAAGAGAGGAUGGGAAGGAGCUGGGUAGGGGAGAGAUAGGGGACCCCGGGCUGAGAUAGGAAUACAGACUUGUAGGAUAGGGAAAGAGGAGUAAUACUCACAAGACACAGGGAGUUAGAGGGAGGGAACUCUGUUAGGGACAAACACAGGACUGGGAAAGCAAUACAAAUAUAUGCUGUAGGAGGGAGCUGCGGACGGGCUGAGGCAGGCAUAUUGAGGAUUAAGGGAGGAAGGGGAUGAAGAGGCAGUAAACCUGCAAACUGGAGUAUUGUGACAGGUUAAGUGUCAGAGUUCAAUUUGUGCUUAGGCAGCUGGGUAACAGCUAAAGUCAGUACUGAGAGUGAGCCCAUCCUGGGACUGACAACACAGACAAUUCCAAAUUUCUGGUUUGUGUUUUAUAGUACAAAAGUUUUACAGAAAUAGAAUUUGAAUGUACUGGAUGGUGUAAACUGGUGUAAAAAUUAAGAAAAUAAUAUAUCCAGGAAAAAGCAUUUUAAUAGUGUGCUAGUUGAGUGGUAAUGAAGAUUUAAUAUUAAAUGUAUGGAUUAGCCUCUUGCAGCUAUUAGAAAGUUCAAGGUUAGAUUAUAAUCUGAAGUUUGGUUUAUUGCUUCUUUAAUUUUUAACAUUGUACAUAAGCGGGAAGUUUCAAGGUUACCUUGACAUACUCCAUAUGAAAGCAGCGAGGGCCUAGCAGAAAUCCUUUAGAGAGGGACUUAAGGACUCUAAGACUGUGGGUUGGAGCCGUGUUCUGUCUGUUAGUCAAAGGCUCUUCUCGGUAUCCAGGAUGUCGGUCUCUCCAAAUCGCAGUUUCUUUGUCCGCCUGCUCGGUUACUGGAAGCCUCUGUUCAGUGGCAAGUUCCUGUUUGUCACCAACACUUUGAGCUGUGGAGCUCUGAUGGCUACUGGAGAUGUGAUCCAACAAACCCGAGAGAUCUGGCGGGAGACCGACCGUGUGCGGGAAUGGGCUCGAACAGGACGAAUGUUUGCUACUGGCUGUUUAAUGGGACCUUUUGGGCACUUCUGGUACAUGGCACUAGAUAGCAGGUUCCCAGGAAGGACUACACACAUUGUGCUGAAGAAGGUUCUGUUGGACCAGCUCAUUGCUUCACCCAUCUUUGGCGUCAUCUAUUUUUGUGGAAUGGGAAUGCUAGAAGGUCGUCAUCCAAUCAACUGCCUGGAGGAGUUCAAGAGAAAGUUCUGGGAAUUUUACAAGGCAGAUUGGAUGCUGUGGCCGGGAGCCCAAGUGAUCAACUUUUAUUUCCUGUCUCCGCAAUACCGUGUCCUGUACGUGAAUUUUGUGACAGUUGGAUGGGAUACUUUCCUCUCCUAUCUUAAACACCAGAAUCAGCAUGAUGCAACAACCUCGUUGGAUGAAAUGGGUGUUUUGGACAAGCAGCAGACAGGAUCAGAGAGCUCUGUGAGGUUGCUGGAGGAUGAGCAGUAGCACCUAUCUUCCUGCUGGCAAGUAGCCUUGACUGACGGCACAGAGUAUGGACCAGUUGGGCUGUGAUGUACUGUCCAAGACAUCUCGGACUUUAGCCCGCUGGCAGCUGGGACCGAAACGAAUGGAUCAGAACUUUCUCAGAUCUGGCCUCAGGAGAAAAGGUGAUCACUGCUGGGAUAUUCUCAAUGCAGUGAUAUUUUAUUGUGGAAAUUGUCAUCCUGAACUGUUGACAAAUUAAAAUAUUUUUAAAAUGA